AUGGAGAGAGGAGAUCACUCGCUAGCAGCAACACCAGCUGGGUCUGGAAAGUUAGAGUUCCCUAUAACCAUGACAACUCUAAGCAAGAAGAGCAAGAAGAAGCGGCGGUUCAGUGAUGACCAGAUCAAAUCGUUGGAAAACAUAUUUGAAUCGGAUUCGAAGCUUGAUCCUCUGAAGAAACUGCAGCUGGCUAGAGAACUGGGAUUACAACCCCGCCAGGUUGGUGUAUGGUUCCAAAACAGGAGAGCUCGAUGGAAAUCCAAGCAGCUCGAAGGCGACUACAGUAUUCUUCGAUCCAAUUAUGACACUCUGGCUUCCCAGCUCGAAUCCGUCAAGGAAGAGAAAAAGUCUUUACUAGUACAGUUGAAGAAACUGAGGCAAGUGCUUGAAAAGCACCAAGUGGGGAGCAGGUGCAGAGGCGACGGCUUUGAUUUGGCCGGAAACAGCACAGACGGUGAAUCUGAUAAUGGGAAUGACAGAUGUGAAGCGGAACCAAAGUACAGCUCGGAACAGGAAGAAGCAGGUCACCGAAUGCUCUUCUGCUCGGAUGACGCCGAGAACAGCAAAAUUCCUGGAUGGUCCGGGCAGGAAGAACAACCUGAGAUCAACAUGGUUGAAACACCAGACGGUUCAUUGAAAUCAUCUGAAAACUGGUGCAGUCUCGAUUCUGGAGAUCUCUUCGACAAGUCAUGUAGUACUGGUGGUUCACAAUGGUUGGACUUCUGGUCUUAAAUAAACGAAUCAGUCCAGAGAAAGUUGGGAGGUUUUUUUUUUUUUUUU